AUGGGGAAAAUGAAACUGUUGCAAAGUCGUCUUAUAACAUUGGUUUUUAUGGUGAUUAUUAAAGUUGGUAAGUCCCUCUAAAUUUUAUGCGUGUUAUGGUUAUAAGCUGUACGUUUAUCUGUUUGUUCUGUGUGUAUACAUAAUGAAAACUUAGUGCAAUUAAAAAUAGUCUUAUUGAGACCAUUUGAGACCCAGUCGUUGAUAGCUUGGUUGUUCAAAGCUGGAUUAGCUGUUUCUCACAAAACUUUGUUUAUCACAAAACUAAAGAAAAGAAAACUCCUAUUGAUCCAUACAAAAAAUUCUGAAGAAAUAUUUCCAAUUUGAUAAACGGGCUGUUAGGAAGUUUGCUUUGAAUUUUAAGUUAACAGGGUUAAGCCUAAGUUAAGCGGCUUUCGAAAGCUUUCGUUUAACCGGGCCUUAAAGUUCAACAUAUAGUUUGACAUAUUUGCCCGUUUAGAACUAUAUCCCGACGACGAUGAAACAAAGUCUAAUCAAACCAGUAUAAUGGCUGAACAUGUUUUCCACAAUACUAAAGUAAUUGAUAAAUCUAACCAUUGGUCCCUUUUGCUGUAUCAAGAAUCCCUCGCUAUUCAAAGACAUAAACUUGAAGUUAAUCAUGGACUUCUAAAGAACUAAUCAUAUUUAGUUAAUUCAAUAAUCAACCUAAUGAUUGUAUCAUAUUUCUUCAUAUAAAUACUGCUUUUAAUGUAUAACCUAGCUAGUUUUUUAUCCUGAUGAUGACUGAAAUAUAGUCGAAACGUAAAAAUAUUAUCGAUUUUUGGAGUUUCACUUGUUUUGUAUUUUGACAUAUUAUUUUGUUCCACUACAGAGAGCGUUCAAAAUGUGAAAGUGGGCAACGCAUUAACAAACAACGGUUUUGAUACGACUGAGUUGAAACUUGCUGAUACCUUGAUAAGACGCGAAAAGGAACUCAGGGCAUGGGAGAGUGGCGGCUCUUGGUCAUCUGGUGGUGGUGGUGGUGGUGGUAGUUUUAGUGGGAGUGCUGGUGGUGGUGGUGGCGCUGGUGGUGGUGGUAGUUUUAGUGGGAGUGCUGGUGGUGGUGGUAGUUUUAGUGGGAGUGCUGGUGGUGGGAGUGCUGGUAGUUCUAGUGGGAGUGCUGGUGGUGCUGGUGGUAGUUUUAGCGGGAGUGCUGGCGGUGGUGGUAGUUUUGGGGCUAGUGGAAGCUUUGGUGCAGGAGGUGGGGGAAAAUUUGGAGGUGGGGGUAAAUUUGGAGGUGGUGGUAAGUUUGGUGGUGGAGGUAAAUUUGGAGGCGGGGGUAAAUUUGGAGGUGGAGGUAAAGUUGGAGGUGGGGGUAAAUUUGGAGGCGGGGGUAAAUUUGGAGGUGGAGGUAAAUUUGGAGGCGGGGGUAAAUUUGGAGGUGGUGGUAAAUUUGGAGGUGGUGGAAAAUUUGGAGGCGGUGGUAAAUUUGGAGGUGGUGGUAAAUUUGGAGGUGGAGGGAAAUUUGGAGGUGGUGGGAAAUUUGGAGGCGGUGGGAAAUUUGGAGGUGGUGGGAAAUUUGGAGGUGGUGGGAAAUUUGGAGGUGGUGGGAAAUUUGGAGGCGGUGGUAAAUUUGGAGGUGGUGGUAAAUUUGGAGGUGGAGGUAAAUUUGGAGGUGGUGGUAAAUUUGGAGGUGGUGGUAAAUUCGGAGGUAGUGGUAAAUUUGGAGGUGGUGGUAAAUUUGGAGGUGGGGGAAAGUUCGGUGCUGGAGGCAAAUUUGGGGGUGGUGGUAAAUUCGGAGGUGGCGGUAAAUUCGGAGGUGGUGGUAAAUUUGGAGGUGGUGGUAAAUUUGGAGGUGGGGGAAAGUUCGGUGCUGGAAGCAAAUUUGGGGGUGGUGGUAAAUUCGGAGGUGGUGGUAAAUUUGGAGGUGGUGGGAAAUUCGGAGGUGGUGGGAAAUUUGGAGGUGGUGGUAAAUUUGGAGGUGGUGGGAAAUUUGGAGGUGGUGGGAAAUUCGGAGGUGGUGGGAAAUUUGGAGGUGGGGCUGGAGGAAAGUUUGGCUUAGGUGGAAAGUUUGGUGCCGGUGGUGGGGAUGCACGGGGUGCAGGUGGCGGAGGAUGUAUGAAAGAAGAUGGUAGGUUUAUAUUUUUAUUUUUCAUAAAAGUUUUGGCAGCAACCUUAACAAUGCUACCUUAACAACGUUUUUGCUUAAACUCAUCAAUUGCAAUUUGAGUAACUGAUAAACGUUGGAUAAAAUUGUUACACGAUUCAGUUAGGAAAAUCAAAUUAAGGACAUAAUUAAUCAGUUGAGGAGACAUUUAAGGUUCAUCAUAGUUAUAACUGUUCACUUUGAUUCACAUGAAUUACUUGAUUCACAAGAGAUUUACUGAUUCCCAUUUUUACAGGUGGAUGGUUCGUGAUUCAACAUGCCUCGGGCUUCGGCGUGUGGCCUCAGGGUGGAAGAGCUAUAAAUGGCGCUAGACUUGUUCUCGGUUCAAAAAAUCUCGCAAACCAAGCCUACGUGUUUGUAUGGACCGCUAAAAAGUCUAUAAAACAUAUUAUGAGUGGUAUGUGCAUAAACAUGAGGGGUUUAAGUUUGGUGUUACAGAAAGGAUGUGAUUCUAUGCCCACAAUGAAAUUCAAAAAAACGGGAAGCGGAUUCAUGAACAUUGCAACGAAAGGAUAUGUAAUGGCUGGAACCUCGCUAUCCGCAAGGCCUGGGAUUGCUCUGAGUACAAAAAUAAUCCAGACAGCCGGCUCUUCCUUUACCUUUAAAAGUAAGGAUUAAAUUGUAAGCUUGUAUAUAUGGGGUGAUAAGCGAAAGAACAACAGUUAUUUAUUUAAAAUUAAAGCUCUGAUCAAACUCUCGGAAAAAUUGUUUCCUAGCCAUGUUCUUCGAAGGUAGCUAACCAGGAAACAUCAGUUAUUUCUGUAACAAAAAUCUCUUUUGGAAAACAAAAUAUGUUGGUGCAUUUAUUGGGAGACAUUUUUGUUUCACAAGAAGCAAACGUUUCCCAGGGUUUUAAAGUAGAAACAAAUCCAAAAAUGCAGCUUCAGGAGGAGUCAAUAAAUCUGCGCAGUCCUACGAUUCCGGUAGAACGCUCUGACCAGCAAGCUACACACUCCUGUAGCCAAGGGCCUGUAACACAAAUUAUUUUUAUUUUUACAGGUGCUGCGACAAUGAAAAUUAGAUUUUCUUUCACAUUUGGAGUGGGAGGUGAGCAAUCGAACAACUACAUCAGAGAUUCUUAGGCCUACAGAAUAAACAAGAAAACAUUGUUUCGUAGCCAUGUUUCCCGAAGGUGGACAAACCUGGAAACAUUGUUUUCUAGCGAUGUUUCCCGAAAAUGGGCAAACCUGGCAACAUUGUUUCCUAGCCAUGUUCUCGAAGAUGGACUAACCAGGAAGCCAUGUUUCGUGAAGGCGGACAAACCAAAAAACAUUGUUUCUUAGUCAUGUUUCUGAAGGUCCACAAAGCAGGAAACAUUGUUUGUCAGCCUUAUUUGUUUCCAAAGAUGAGCAUUUGGACCUUUUUCCAAACUUUUACAACGAACGUAAGCAACGCUUAACGUAAAAGCAUUCGCUGUCGUUUCAAAUACAAAAUGUAAUUUUGUUUGUUUUUUCCUUUUAGGUGGUGGUGGUGCUGGAGGUGGUGCUGGAGGUGGUGCUGGUGGUGGUGCUGGAGGUGGUGCUGGAGGUGGUGCUGGAGGUGGUGCUGGAGGUGGUGCUGGAGGUGGUGCUGGAGGUGGUGCUGGAGGUGGUGCUGGAGGGGGUUUUGGAGGAAAAGGUGGAUUUGGAGGAAAAGGCGGUUUUGGAGGAAAAGGAGGAUUUGGAGGAAAAGGUGGAUUUGGAGGGAAAGGUGGUUUUGGAGGAAAAGGUGGAUUUGGAGGAAAAGGCGGUUUUGGAGGAAAAGGUGGAUUUGGAGGAAAAGGUGGUUUUGGAGGAAAAGGUGGUUUUGGAGGAAAAGGUGGAUUUGGAGGAAAAGGUGGUUUCGGAGGAAAAGGCGGAUUUGGAGGAAAAGGUGGUUUUGGAGGUAGAGGUGGUGGCAGAGGAGGUAGGUGUAUACAUUAUCUUAUAUACAAUCAUGCAUGAGUUUAUUAGUGGGUUUGACAAAGUAUUGCUAUGCAGCAGAUAUAGCUGUCAACCUAUAGAGUGAGAAAUACAUGUAGCGUUUUCUAAAAACAAAAUUGAAUCCAGUAAUUUAGAAUUUGAAAAUCUGUGGUAAUUCAGUUUCUGUAGACAGAAAAAAUUAUAGAACGUCCUUAUAUUUAAGCAAUUAUGGAAGCCCUUCACUGAAAUAAAAUAUUAGCAAUUUACCUGCCUACUUUUACGAAUACUAGCAAUUUACAUGCCUACUUUUCUAGCUAUUGACGAUUAUCUGAGACGUUGAUUUUGUCAUAUAGGUGCUAAAUUCGUUCUCCGUUUUGGAGGACGUAGUGCAAAAGGGGGUCUGUGUUUUACCCCGCAAGGUGGUCAGGCACGUAACAAUGUUCCUCUUGUGUUUGGAAAAUGUAAAGAUCGCAAGGAUGUUUUCAGAAUGACAAGCAGUGGUGCUUUGGCUUCAGUCGCUUUUAGAGGAUACUAUAUUCGCUUUAGUGCUGGAAGAUUGGUGAUGUACAGAAGCGCGCGAGGUAGCGCCAAGUUUAAAUUCCAAGGAGGGAAAAUUAAAGUGAAAUCUGGACGUGGUGGACGAUACAUGUAUGUCCAGUCCCAGGGAGGGGCCCGGGCCUCUAUGGGUAUGCAGGUCGUCGCAAAAUCUACAAGAUCGCGUUCGUUUAUGAAGUUCUCGUGUUUGAGUAAGUAUUAUGUUUGUAGAAUUUAUCUUUUCAAUACUUGAUCUCACUUACUCGGACUGAUUAAAACGAUCUAGAAAAGUGAAACAGGCAGAGCAUUGGAAGAAAUGGACAAAUUAUGAUGUGCGACUAUACAUUUAGAAAAUUAUAAUUUUAUAAUUGUUGAACUGUUCAUUUUUCAUUUCAGAGGCUGGAGCCCGUGGAAUGAAGGGUCGUCGUGGAAUGCGUAUGAGCAUGCGCACUGUUAUGAGAAUAUCAGGCCGAAGUGCUGGAGGUAAGUAUAAAAUAUUUAAAACAUGCAUGGUUAUGUUUAAGAGUAUGGUUAAGACUAGGGUUGCAGAAAGAAGACAUUUAAAAUCGUCCAGCGUUGUUACAGCAGGCAACUGGAGUACAAGUAAUAAACCCGCGGUGUUUGGUAGAAUCAAAUUGGACGCACUCUUCUCAUCUGCAACUGAGGAGGGGGAGGGGGGGGGAUCUUAUCAGACAACCUCGUGUUACAGGAAUAAAACCCCUGUCACAGAGGUAAAAGACGCACAAUCCCUCCCCCUCAAUGGUUACAAAUGAACUAUUUAAAAAACAUGCAACAAACGAUAAGCUACUAUUAGGUUAAAAAACAAAUUAUGUUAUUUCCAAACAUUGUAUCAAUGUAUAGUGAAACAAGAUCUAUUCGUCACUCUUUUCAUUUAGGUCGUAAGUUUGUUCUCCGUUUCGGGGGACGUGGUGCAAAAGGGGGUUUGUGUUUUACCCCGCAAGGUGGUCAGGCACGUAACAAUGUUCCUCUUGUGUUUGGAAAAUGUAAAGAUCGCAAGGAUGUUUUCAGAAUGACAAGCAGUGGUGCAUUGGCUUCUGUCGCUUUUAGAGGAUACUAUAUUCGCUUUAGUGCUGGAAGAUUGGUGAUGUACAGAAGCGCGCGAGGUAGCGCCAAGUUUAAAUUCCAAGGAGGGAAAAUUAAAGUGAAAUCUGGACGUGGUGGACGAUACAUGUAUGUCCAGUCCCAGGGAGGGGCCCGGGCCUCUAUGGGUAUGCAGGUCGUCGCAAAAUCUACAAGAUCGCGUUCGUUUAUGAAGUUCUCGUGUUUGAGUAAGUAUUAUGUUUGUAGAAUUUAUCUUUUCAAAACUUGAUCUCACAACCGCAUGAUUAUAAAGAUCUAGAAAAGUGAAACAGGCAGAGCAUUGGAAGAAAUGGACAAAUUAUGAUGUGCGACUAUGCAUUUGGAAAAUUAUAAUUUUACAAUUGUUGAACUGUUCAUUUUUCAUUUCAGAGGCUGGUGCACGUGGAAUGAAGGGUCGUCGUGGAAUGCGUAUGAGCAUGCGCACUGUUAUGAGAAUGUCAGGCCGAAGUGCUGGAGGUAAGUAUAAAAUAUUUAUUACCUACAUGGCUGUUGUUGUAUUUAAGAAUAUAUACAGGACUUGGGUUGGAAGCCAUUUAAAAUCGUCCAGUGUUGUUACAGGAGGCAACUGGAGUACAUGUAGUGAACCUGCGGUGUUUGGUAUAACCAAACUUGAAGCAGUCUUCUCAUCUACAACUUGAGCGGGAAAUCUUAUCAGACAACCUCGUGUGCUACAGGAAUCAAACCCCGGCCACAGAGGUAAAUAAAAGGCGCACCACACCCCACUCCCCCAACGGUUACAAAUCAACAAUUUAAAAAACAGGCAACAAACAAUAAGCUUCCAAAGGUUCAAACAUACAUUAUGUUAUUUCCAAACUUUGUAUCAAUGUAUAUUGAAGCAAGGUCUAUUCGUCUCUCUUUUUCAUUUAGGUCGUAAGUUUGUCCUCCGUUUCGGCGGACGUGGUGCAAAAGGGGGUUUGUGUUUUACCCCGCAAGGUGGUCAGGCACGUAACAACGUUCCUCUUGUGUUUGGAAAAUGUAAAGAUCGCAAGGAUGUUUUCAGAAUGACAAGCAGUGGUGCAUUGGCUUCUGUCGCUUUUAGAGGAUACUAUAUUCGCUUUAGUGCUGGAAGAUUAGUGAUGUACAGAAGCGCGCGAGGUAGCGCCAAGUUUAAAUUCCAAGGAGGGAAAAUUAAAGUGAAAUCUGGACGUGGUGGACGAUACAUGUAUGUCCAGUCCCAGGGAGGGGCCCGGGCCUCUAUGGGUAUGCAGGUCGUCGCAAAAUCUACAAGAUCGCGUUCGUUUAUGAAGUUCUCGUGUUUGAGUAAGUAUUAUGUUUGUAGAAUUUAUCUUUUCAAAACUUGAUCUCACAACCGCAUGAUUAUAAAGAUCUAGAAAAGUGAAACAGGCAGAGCAUUGGAAGAAAUGGACAAAUUAUGAUGUGCGACUGAUGUACGACUAUGCAUUUAGAACAUUAUAAUUUUACAAUUGUUGAACUGUUCAUUUUUCAUUUUAGAGGCUGGUGCACGUGGAAUGAAGGGUCGUCGUGGAAUGCGUAUGAGCAUGCGCACUGUUAUGAGAAUGUCAGGCCGAAGUGCUGGAGGUAAGUAUAAAAGAUUUAUUACCUACAUGGCUGUUGUUGCAUUCAAGAAUAUAUACAGGACUUGGGUUGGAAGCCAUUUAAAAUCGUCCAGUGUUGUUACAGGAGGCAACUGGAGUACAUGUAGUGAACCUGCGGUGUUUGGUAUAACCAAACUUGAAGCAGUCUUCUCAUCUACAACUUGAGGGAGAAAUCUUAUCAGACGACCUCGUGUGCUACAGGAAUCAAACCCCGGCCACAGAGGUAAAAGGCGCACCACACCCCACUCCCCCAACGGUAACAAAUCAACAAUUUAAAAAACAGGCAACAAACAAUAAGCUUCCAAAGGUUCAAACACAAAUUAUGUUAUUUCCAAACAUUGUAUCAAUGUAUAUUGAAACAAGGUCCAUUCGUCUCUCUUUUCAUUUAGGUCGUAAGUUUGUCCUGCGCUUUGGGAGAAAGCGUUCUGGUUUGUGUUUCAUCCCGCAAGGUGGUCGGGCACGUAACAACGUUCCUCUUGUGUUUGGAAAAUGUAAAGGUCGCAAGAAUGUUUUCAGAAUGACAAGCAGUGGUGCUUUGGCUUCUGUCGCUUAUAGAGGAUACUAUAUUCGCUUUAGUGCUGGAAGAUUGGUGAUGUACAGAAGCGCGCGAGGUAGCGCCAAGUUUAAAUUCCAAGGAGGGAAAAUUAAAGUGAAAUCUGGACGUGGUGGACGAUACAUGUAUGUUCAGUCCCAGGGAGGGGCCCGGGCCUCUAUGGGUAUGCAGGUCGUCGCAAAAUCUACAAGAUCGCGUUCGUUUAUGAAGUUCUCGUGUUUGAGUAAGUAUCCGUAAAUAAACAUUGUGCACGUAUCUAUAGAUACAGUACCUUCCAGAAAGAUAGAUAGUGACUAAGUGAUAGAUUGAUUAAUUAAACUUUGAAAACAAUUUGAAAAGAUCGUAAUAGCAUCUUUCGCGACUAUAAAUCACUCAGAUUUAAGAAACAUCAAUGCACCCAUUCCUGAGGAUAUUAUUGAUGGGCAACUGGUGUUCUGAGUGUAGCUGCUGCGAAGGGGCAAGAGGUUCACGAGCCGCAAACACGAACAAAGGCAAAAAAGAAAAGAACCUGACAGGAAAUAGCCUAACGAAGAAACAUUAACGAGGAUCCGAUACAAUAAGAUCCAACAAAUCGGGACGACCUUUAGUAGGAUUCAGCUGGCUUUUCACUGGCUUGUCAAUACAAUUCAACUCUAAACUUGUCUUCGUUAAUACGUUUUCUAGAGGCAAGCUCUCGUGGCAUGAAAGGUCGUGGGUACCGCAUGAGUAUGCGAAGAGUAAUGAGAGUCUCAGGCAGAUUUGGAGGCGGGCGAGGUAAGGAACUUUUACAAAACCUUGGCACGACAAUACGCUGAAGAACAAUUAGAAAGAAAGUGAUUUGUUUUGACCAACCACAAAAUGCCUUCAGAAGGUUUGAACAUAGUCCUACAUUGCCCUGAAUAGAAGUAAUUGUGAGAAAAGCUGAUGAAGACACGUUCAUUUUAGGUUGCUAUUUAUUCCCAGUAGGAGAAGUAAAAAUUACGUCAUAGACAAACAAGGGAACAUUCCUGUGGAAACAUUGUAGUGGAAGGCUACCUAAUUUGAUGUUUUAAUGUUUUAAUGUUUUAAUAAGGUUCGGCAACUACCUAAAAAUACAACAAUGUAGUGCCAGGGAGUUCGCCACAGUUCCCCCAAUUACGGCGAUACCUUAAUAUUUACAUAAAAAAUUACGUUCAAAUAAUUGAUUAACGAAACAGACAAUUAAAGUAGAACAACACAAUUACAAAACGGCUAAACUGACAACUAACAACAGUUUAAAACACCAUCAAGGGAUCUAGCCCUUUUACAUUUAACACAGACAGAUUUCCAAGUCCGAGGAUCGUCACAGUUAUACGUGUUCGAUGGUGCGUUCUUAUAGUACAGUUUCAGUCCUGAUUUAAAAGCAUAGAAACCAAUGAAAUUUAAGCAGCGAAUGAAAAUAAGUUAAUAACUGACUAACCAAGCUAAGUUGAAGAGGGUUUUUGCUGUGUUUACCGGGUUCAAUUAGGAUACAUUGAAAUUUCACCAGGAAGAAAAAACUUAUAUUUUGAGAAAAUUUUAUAUUAUAAAGGAAUUUUUUUAAUGAUUUGGCGAGCUCUAUCAAGUUAUUGAUCACUUGGGCAGCUGGGAAAACACUCAAGCGCUAGAGUUGGUUUCGGCAAGUGGCUCGACCAACUCUUGCGCUUUUUAGUGUUCCCCCAACUUCCCGUGUGCUCAAAAACUCGAUUGAGUACGCCAAACCAUGAAAAAGUCCUAACUGUUGAAACUCCUUCACAUAACAUUUUUCUUCUCAUUAAGGUGGUAUGUUUGUCCUGCGUUACGGCUCUAGAGGUCUUUGUUUCACCCCGCAGGGUGGUCGGGCACGUAACAACGUUCCUCUUGUGUUUGGAAAAUGUAAAGAUCGCAAGGAUGUUUUCAGAAUGACAAGCAGUGGUGCUUUGGCUUCAGUCGCUUUUAGAGGAUACUAUAUUCGCUUAAGUGCUGGAAGAUUGGUGCUGUACAGAAGCGCGCGAAAGAGUGCUAGGUUUAAGUUCACUGGUGGAAAGAUGAGGGUGAAAUCUGGGAAGGGAAAGUACAUGUACGUCCAGUCACAGGCAGGGGCAAGAGCGUCUAUGGGAAUGAUGAUUAUGGCGAAAUCCACAACGUAUCGAUCAUAUAUGAAAUUCUCAUGUAUGAGUAAGUGUUGCUCACAAAUGUUACAAUCAUUGUCACCACCACCAUCGUUAAUACCAUUCCCAUUUCCAUCACCAUCGUCAUUACUACAGUCAACAUAACCAUAACAAUAACUCAUCACUUUUUUAUUGUUUUCUACAGAGGCAAGUUCGGGCGGCAUGAGAGGUCGGGGAUAUCGUAUGAGUAUGAGGAGAAUUAUGCGAAAAUCAGGAGCAUCCGGAGGUAGAGCUUUAGUGCGAGGUUAGUCAAAUAUCAAAAGAUCGAUGAUAGGUUAUGGUUAGCACAAACUCUUCCAAUUGAUUGAAAAUGUGGGCCUGCAAAAAUCCUUAUUUACAAAGAAACAAAACGAUUUCGUGACACAUUGGUUUAAUGAUUGAGCCAGGCAUCUCUGCAAUUAUGUUUCUAUUCCUGAUAGAUAUUGCAACUUUGUCUCAAUUGUGAGAAAAAUACUUUCAGUUUGACUCUACUAAAUAAACAUCGCAUGCUUUCUCCCAGUGCUCCAGUUACCGGAAGUAUAACUAGACCUACACAAGGAUGACCUUUAUUGGAUCUAGGAAGAACAGUUUAUAACUGUCAGAGCUUUCCAGUAUUAAUAAAGUUAGGUUUAAAACGUAUGUACAGAAGUUACAGAAAUUUUGAUGAAUCAUUUCAUAAAGUUUCCACAUGAUUCAUGAAUCAUGUUAUGUCAAAAAACAGAACUUGUGCGACUUAAUGUAUCACUGGCCUGAAUAUCUAUUCAUAUCUCUUUUUAUUAAGGUCGUAAAUUUGUCCUGCGCUUUGGGAAAAAGCGUUCUGGUCUGUGUUUCAUCCCGCAAGGUGGUCAAGCACGUAACAACGUUCCUCUUGUGUUUGGAAAAUGUAAAGGUCGCAAGAAUGUUUUCAGAAUGACAAGCAGUGGUGCUUUGGCUUCUGUCGCUUAUAGAGGAUACUAUAUUCGCUUAAGCGCUGGAAGAUUAGUGAUGUACAAAAGCGCGCGAAGGAGUGCUAGGUUUAAAUUCACUGGUGGUAAAAUCAUGGUGAAAUCAGGACGAGGAGGAUACAAGUAUGUCCAGUCACAGGGAGGUAGAAGAGCUUCUAUGGGCAUGAAGAUCAUGGCGAAAUCAACGACCUACCAUUCAUAUAUGAAAUUCUCUUGUUUAAGUAAGUGUUAUUUAGCCUCGCUUGUUAAAAAACCCCCAAUAACAACAAACGUUUAGACAAACAAAAUAAAGAAGCUGGGCGACCACAACAGCUUAAAUUCCAAUUACAGUGGGCCCUUUGUCAAUGACAAAGGAAUAAACAGUAGAGGACAGUAAUUGUAACUAUUAGCAGCAAGAUAAUGGUUGAAUGAGACUUCUACCUUUGUUACAUUUAAGGCCGACAAUGUACGUGAAUCAUCAAUCGUGAGUACGUGAAUCAUCAGUAGUACAGCAGGGACGUAGGGCAGUAUGGGAUAAUAGUUCAGUAUUGCUUUCUUAUAUUGGGUAAUAAAUAGAUAAACAAUCUAGUCUAAAAAAUAUCAGCACUCAAGGUUGUCACUUACGAAAUAGUUAGAUAAUUCAUAAUUUAGGUCGUUUUAUUUAAAUAAUUUGUAGACUGCGUAGGGGGUGGGUUUUUACGGAAAUACUGAAGUCAAAACAAUGAGUGACUGGAUGGCAUGGAAAACACUGGGAUUUUCAAAACAAAGAAAAGUGUAAAUUCCGAUCACUGAAUGUCACUAUUGUUUAAGUGUGUUACAAAGAGCCAUUACCGAAACAGUGCUAGAAUUUUAUUGACACAAAAAUGAAGUAUCUUAUCAUUAUCUUAUCUUUUCUUUCAGAGGCUAGUUCUCGUGGUAUGAGGGGUGCGGGAAUGCGAAUGAGAAUGAGUGGGAUUAUGAGAGCCUCGGGGGCGAUGUCAUUCAGGGGAAGGUACAGAAUGAGAGGAAAAUGGAGAGUUGGGGGCAAGUUUGGGGGGAAAUGGGGUCGUGGGGGUAAGUUCGGAGGUAAAUGGGGCAAAGGUGGCAAGUUUGGGGGCAAAUGGGGUGGUAAAUUCGGAGCUAAAGGUGGCAAGUUUGGGGGAAAAUGGGGUGGUAAAGGUGGCAAGUUUGGGGGAAAAUGGGGUGGCAAAUUCGGAGGUAAAGGUAAAUUUGGUGGCAGGUUUGGAGCCAAAGGUGGAGGUGGGAGUUUCAAAGUAGGGGGCGGGAGUUUCAAGGUAGGAGGGGGUGCAGGAGGAGGCGGGCAAGGGUCAUGGAGUAGCAGUAGUAAGUCAGGGGGGUCGUGGAGCAGUGGUAGUAGUGGGGGUUCUACCUCUUGGUCUGUGAGUGGUGGGGGUAAGAAUAAACAAGGUGAUACUCAGAGUGGGAAUAGUGGUCCCCCUGGUAGUACAAAUAAUAAGGGUAACAGUGUGUCUGGCAGCGCCACCACAGGAGUGGGUGGUCAGGAUUAUAGUGGUAAGAUAGAUGGUGGUAGGAUAGAUGGUGGCAAGGGUGGUGUUACUGAAGUGACCAGUGAGAUUAAUGGUAAUCACGCUGGUGUUGGUGGUAAUGGUGAAGAUGGCGGGGCUCUCAGUGAUAAACUGGCACAUGAUGGCACCAACGAUAACCAACUAAAUAACGACGGUAAUAAACAAGAGAAGACGACGAACGACGAUCCAACUGGUACCAUUCCUGCCGGCACGAAUACCGAAGCAAAAACUGACAGUACUGGCGGUCAUCGAGGUAAGGGAGAGCUUUGGAAGUGGGGCAAGAAGAACACCGUCAGAGAAAACCACAUCGAACAUUCAAAACUGUACAAAUAUGACCAUCCCGAGAAGGAUAAUGGACUAAAUAAAUCGUUUAAAAAGGAAAUUAAUGGACUGAAGAAAAAUGUUCACGAAACUCAUCAAACAAUAGACACGUGA